CCUACCAGCUGUUGCCUUCUCUUCUUCGAAUCUCUCUCUGCUUCUGAAAGGAGAGUUCUAAGGAAUGGCAGAAGAAUCAAGCAGAAACCAAGCAAGCAAUGGAAAUGGAAAGGAAGAAGAAGAAGAUGAUUACAUGGGGGACCUGUCACAGUUUCUUCCUCCCCAGCCCUCUAACCCUUCUAAACUCUCGUCCAAAAAGGAUUCCAACACCAAAUCUUUAAGUUCCCAACUAUCGAAGAAAAAGUCCAAAAAGUUGAACUGGCAAGAACAGCGUAAACUUGAAAGAGAAAGAAAGCAACUAGAAGAGGACGAGAAAACAUUGGCAAAAAUAGAUGCUCCAAUUCCACAAUCUAACAUUGGCUUCAAGUUGUUAAAGCAAAUGGGUUACACCCCAGGAUCAGCACUUGGAAAGGAGGGCUCAGGUAGAGCUGAGCCAGUGGGGCUUAACAUUCGGCGCUCAAGAGCUGGGAUUGGACGGGAGGACCCACUAAAGGAGAAGAGAAAGAGAGAGGAGAUUGAGUUCGAGAGAAAAAAGAAGAAGGAGGAGGCUUUGAUGGCAGAGUUUGGUUCUUGGCAAAAAUCACAAUGGCGAAGUCGGAGAGUCGUGGUAAAUUACAAGAAGGCGAAGGCAGCCCUUGACCAAUUAGAGAAUAAGGAAGUUGUUGUGCCAAAGAAGAAUGAAGAUGAAGAGGAGGGGGACCAGGAUGAAGAGGAGGAGGAAGAGGUAACAGAAGAGGAUUUGCAAGAUAUAUUGAUGAAACUGAGAGAUGAAUAUCAGUACUGUCCCUUCUGUGGAUUUCAGUAUGAAUCGAUGGAAGCACUUUUGUCCGACUGCCCUGGAACAAAUGAAGAUGAUCACUAGAAUGGAGUGUGUUGAUUUAGGCAUUCAAGGAAAUUUGUAUUUGAACUGAGCUGUGUUGAAGUCAUGCCACUCGGUGUGAGAUGAUUGAGCACAGAACUGAUGGAGUUCUUGGAAGCAGGUGACUUCUCACGUUGCUUGUUAUGAAAGUCUACAUGAGCCAAAAGCUGGAAACCAGAUAGAGUCAAACAGGGACUACAACGAGAGAUAAAAAAAUAUACAAUAUUUAUGUAAGCAUUCUUCAACUUGUGAAUGGAGAUGAGGAGCAGAGUUGUAGAAGCCAUGAAAUCUAUGAUUUUCCACCAUAUCAGCAGUCACAAGAAUUUUAGGAGCUAGGAGCUAGAUCACAGGGCAAUUAAGUAACUGUGACUUAUUAUUCUUUCCUGUUGUGUAUGGUGAGCGAGUAGGAAAUUCAUGUUUGAGAGGAAGUCUUUAGCUGGAAGCAUCUAGCAGCUGCAGCGUGUGAUGUUUUAUAUCACCGAACCAAAAGUUAAAUCAGAAUGGUGUACCGCAUGAUUCUUUUUAA